AUGCAAAGAAGAAUAGGCCCAAAUAAAGUAGGUUAUUUAGGGAUUUUACAACCUUUUGCAGAUGGUAUUAAAUUAAUUUUAAAAGAAACUGUUUUACCAUUACAUUCUAGUAUUUGGAUUUUCUUAGGUGCACCUUUUAUAGGGUUUUAUUUAGCUUUAUUAAAUUGGUUAGUAUUACCUUUAGAUCAAGGAUUAGCAAUAUCUGAAUUAAUAGGGGGUGGAAUAUUAAUUUUAAUAGCUAUUUCAGAAUUAAAUAUUUAUUCUGUCUUAUUUUCAGGAUGGUCUGCUAAUUCUAAAUAUCCAUUUUUAGGAUCUUUACGUUCUACUGCACAAAUGAUAAGUUAUUCUGUAAGUUUAAGUUUAAUUAUUUUAACCGUUGUAUUAUCUUUAGGUACAGUUAAUUUAUUAGAAAUUCUUUCUGCACAACGUCCAAUAGCUACUUUUUUUGCUUUAUUUCCAAUGGCUAUUUUAUUUAUGAUUUCUGCUGUUGCUGAAACAAAUAGAGCUCCAUUUGAUUUACCUGAAGCUGAAAGUGAAUUAGUUGGUGGAUUUUUUACUGAACAUUCUGCAGUUAGUUUUGCUUAUUUCUUUUUAGGUGAAUAUACAUCCAUUUUAGUUAUUUGUACAUUAUUUCAUGUCUUAUUUUUUGGUGUUAGUAUGGCUUUACCCAUGAUUUUUUUUAUGUUAUGGAUUCGUGCCACUUUAGCUAGAUUACGUUUUGAUCAAUUAUUAAAAUUAGGUUGGUCUAACAUUUUACCAUUUGUCAUUGGUUAUAUUAUGUUAUUACCCGCUUUUAUAUAUACUUUUGAUUUAGUUGGUUAA